AUGCUGCUCUGCGUCACCUUGCUUCUCCUCCUGGGGCUGUCUGCAUGCACUGUGGCAGGUGACAAGGAACUGGCAGUCGAUGCUGAAGUGGGCUCCUGGGAAGAUGUCAUCCCCAGCAUCCUACUUCAGCUCCGGGACGUGAAGAAGGGCAAAGCGAGCCAGUUCUUUGGGCUAAUGGGGAAGCAGGUAGGAGGCAAAGAGGAUGAGAACCGUGGGUCAGAGUGA